GGGGCCGCGGCGGCCGUUGCGGGGGGCGGGAGUUUUGAACGGCGGCGCCGUUGAGGAGGAUGCGGCGGCAGCGCCUGCCGAGCGCUGGGGCCCAGGAGCCGGAACGCAACAUCCAAGAGAAGAUUGACUUUGAAAUCCGCAUGCGAGAAGGCAUCUGUAAGCUACUUCAAGUGAGCACACAAAAAGACCAGCUCUUGCAAGCAGUUAAAAACCUGAUGGUUUGCAAUGCCCGUAUACGUGCAUACAGGACAGAGCUGCAGCACCAAGAAGAGCCAGUCUCCCGCAGAACUGAGCGGUCUUCAGAAAAUGGGACAAAAGACCGGGUGGCAUGCAAAGCAAAAGUUGCUAUAUCAGAUAUUCGAAUACCAUUAAUGUGGAAAGGCUCGGAUCACUUCAGCAAUAAAGAAAAAUCACAGCGCUAUGCAGUUUUUUGUUUGUUCAGAAUGGGAGCUGAGAUUUUUGAUACAGAGGUGGCUAUUGUGGAUAAAGCAAUAACAGAUAUCUGUUUUGAAAAUGUAACCAUAUUUGAUGAAGCAAGACCAGAUUUCCAGGUGAAGGUUGAAGUGUACAGUUGCUGUACAGAGGAGUCUUUAUAUGUAACAAACACUCCUAAGAAACUAGCAAAGAAGCUUAAAACGUCCCUCAGCAAAGCUACAGGGAAGAAACUCAAAGCUGCGCUGGAAGAAGACAGCAUUGAAUCCCUUUUGCCUGCUGACCCGGUCAUCUAUGGUGCAAAGUACAGUUUGCUAGCACAUACCACUUUGGGGCUGGAGAGUGCCGAGGACAGUUUCAGGACCCACAGCCUCACUAUUACAGGAAAUGAGGAAUCUACGUUUUGGCUUCCCUUGUAUGGAAACAUGUGUUGCCGUUUAGUUGCUCAGCCUUCCUGCAUGGCUAGGGAUAUGAUGGCAGGAUUUCUUAAUCAGCAGCAAAUGAUAGGAAGUCUAACUAGCUGGAGGAGGCUGUAUUGCGUACUAAGAGGUGGCAAACUCUGUUGUUACUACUCGCCAGAAGAAAUUGAGGCCAAACUGGAGCCAACAUUGACAAUUUCCAUCAACAAGGAAACAAGAAUUCGAGCUGUGGAUAAGGACUCCAAGAGAAGAACUAAUAACUUUUCUGUUAUCAAUCCCGUGUCUGGAGAGGCUGUGACGCAACUUUUUGCUACUGACAGUAGGGAUGAACUUCUUAAGUGGAUGGAGGCCUUCUGGCAGCACUUUUAUGAUCUGAGCCAGUGGAAACAUUGUUGUGAAGAACUUAUGAAAAUUGAGAUUAUGUCACCACGGAAACCACCUUUGUUCUUGACAAAAGAAGCGACCUCAGUCUACCAUGAUAUGAGCAUUGAUUCUCCAGUGAAACAUGAGGGUUUAGCUGCUGUCAUACAAAGAAAAAUCAAAGAGAGUGAUGUGCGGAUGGCUUUGGGAACUUUAGUUUCUCCGGAAGAUACUGUGUCCAUGGUUGGUUCGUUAUCUAUUUUUUGUCUUCUGCUAAGCUCUUGGCUGCACAGCUGUAAAGGUAUCUGCUGAAUUCCCUCAGUAAUUCAUUGGCUAUUUGGGAUGGGGCUUGAAAGGCAGGCUUCAUUUACAAAUCCUUUCACAGGAUUAGAGCCCUUUGUUUCUAGAAUGUCCUUGUUCAUUCUUCGUUUAAUCACAUUCCAUUUUCCCUCUGAAACAACCAUAAUCAUUCUUACAAUAAAUCAUGCUGUUACUUAAGUGGAUGGUUUGUGAAUGGUUUAUAAAUAGGAACAGAAAAACUGAAGAAUAACUACAUGAUUAUGUAAAUCAGGCACAGUCAACUAAGUGGACUGUGCAACUCUGAACAAGGAACAGGAAAAAUAAACGGGGAAAAAAGUGUAUUUUCCAAAUUGCAGCUGCAGUUUAUUUAGCUUUAAAUCUAGCCUUAAAUGUUACAGUGCUCUAGAAAGAAAGAAUACCUUUUUCCUGGUACCUCCCUUCCUGUAGUUGUUAUAUUUAAAAAUAAAUUUCAUAAAUAUAUAAGGCAAGAAGGCACCAUAAUGAGGAUUUAUUUUUAAAUUCAACAGGCCAUUGAAUUUCAAGGAAAGUGCUUUCUCUAUUAAAUUCAGUGGCUUUGUUUUGAACUGAACAUACAUAUUUUAGGAAGGCAUUUAAUAUUAAUUUAAAGUCUUCAAGUGAUCAGAAUUCAGUCAUACCUCCUGUUAAUUACCCCAGGUACAUUUUUCACUUGAUUUUCUAUUUGCAUUUCUAGCUCCACCUUAAGUUAUUUUGGUCUCUUUAUGCAUUUGAUUGCUUAUAUUGAUCUCUGUAGUAUCAGCUUUUCUAAUUGCUUGUGUGUAGCUAUAAAUCAUGAUUAUGUCCCUUUUAACCUUUUCUUUGAUGAGAUGUACUGAAUUCCUUAACUUUCUUAUGGCAAUGAAUGUUAUCCAAGACUAAUUAAUCUUCAUGUUCUUCUCUGUACUUCUCAUGUAUUGAGAUAUUUUUAAGUGUGACAUCUGAAUUAGAUGCCACAUGUCAAUAGUGAUCCAUCAGGACUAUGCAGACACAUACCGUGAUCCUCUUACUCUGAUUAAUAUCUCCCUCCCCUCUUUCCUUAGAAAUUGUAUUAUCCUUUUUUUGUGGAAGCAUUGCCUUGGAUACUGACUUUAAUGGCUCAAGUCCUCUUCAGAGUCUUUUUCAAGAAUGCAAUACAUCAUCCUCUUAUUAUCCUACCUUAUUUUUUUUAGAAAUAUACGCAGUUUUUACCGGCAUUAAAAUACUGCUCAUGAAGUGAUCCAGAUUGCUCUGUGUAAGUGACCUGUCCUCAUUCUUUACUAUUCCAGCAGUCUGCAUGUCCUUUGCAAAUUUAUUGCAAGUGAUUUUUACAGUUUCUUCCAGAUCAUUGAUUUUUAAAAUUGAAUGCAAGGCAAGGUUUGUAGAGAGAGAGGUGAUAAGUUUUUAUUACAUCGGUGACAUGGGUGGGGGGGGUGGGGAAAAGCAAACAGACAGGCCAUUGAGUUUGUGUCCCUUUUUUCCCUGAGCCUUUAAAAAAUUGAAUGAGAUGGAAAACAACUAUACUUCUUACUGAUUCCCUAUUAAUAUUGCAUUUUAAAAUCAGUUUUCUGUCUUCAGCGUAACAUUCUAUAUUGAUUUGAUCUAGUACUGCUAUUUUAAAGCAAAUGACACAUUCAUCUGGUUUGCAGUAGGUGACUUGGGGUUCUUAGGGGUAACACCUCAGUGCAGGUGUCUUUGCAAGCCGAGCUUAUUAUAUCAAAGAAUAAAAUGCAACCUGUUGUUCAAGACUUACUCUCCAUGAAGCUGUGUUGAUCUGCAUUUUGUAUCUAUCUUUAGAUUAGACUCACAUGAGCCAGUUCACUAUAUUGCCCUGAUCACCACUAAGCAAACUAGGCCAUUAAUUACCCUGAUUAUCCUGCUUCAAAACAUCAGUGGUGUUCUUAUGGUCCUGUGAGACGUCCUGGCAGUGUUGAGACUUGUUUAACUAAGUGCGCAUUUAGGCUCCUACAGCUGGAAAGGCUUCUGCUAUGGAAUGUGUUUUCUGUUAUUUUAAACACCCACUAUAUAUUCCCUAUUACGAAGCAUCAGUUGACUGUAAGUUUUAAUAUUUAUUGUUGGGUGGUUUUAUUUUACCCCUCUAGAUUGCCUUUUGUUGUCUUCGCAUCUUCUGUUAAGCAAGUUGGUUUAACUGACAAAAACUGCAGGCUAGCAGCAAACGUUGAUCUUAGCUAUACAGUAAAGCCAGUUGUACAUUAGUACUCAGCUUUUGUCUGCACGUGAGAAUAUAAAUAUUAGUAAUAAAACCAGAGUGCAAUUUUAGGAGUAUAAUUAAAAGAUGUACUGUGAGGAAAAUGGACAUUUUUUGGUUUUUCCAUAUAGUGACAAAUGGUGAUACUUUAUUGCUGAUACUGGUUCCUUAUCAUUGCAUAGGCUUGUUCAGAAAUUGGAACUCAGUUUUUUUUUCAAGUUUUCCUGACUACAGUGAGGAUGAAUAUUCAAACCAGGAAUUUUAAGACCAAUAAAUUGCUUGUUCACCUAAGCACUGUAAUAGGAGGAAGCCAACUAUGUCGCAAUAUGAUACAGUGACGUGUUAGACUUUGCACUGAUUCAUAUCCCAGGCUGUGCGGUUUUAAGGACGUGGCCCAGGCAGUGGCGGAAGGCUGUCUGUUGGUAGCGUGUGGGGCUGGGAAGCUGUUAGUAUUUGUCCCUCAAAGUGGAAGUGAAGGAGUCUAGAGGCAGAGAGGUAGAAGGCAGCCUGUUCCUUACAGGACAUGGUGGAAGCCUUGUAACUGCUGUUUCUGGGCACUACAAGAGAAUGUACCCAUUACCCGAUCUUAUCAGUUGCAUUCAAUCAUGAGGGUGAUUUAACUGCCUGACUCAAAAUGUCAGUGAUCAAAAAAACAAAAGGCAUUUGAUUAGCGUCUAUAAACGAUGCUGAAAUAGGAAGUAUUUCACAAAGGCACAGGUGGCAUUAGCCGGCCUCCUGCUGGGAUGAGGUUCAGAAGACAGCAGGAGGCCUGUGACUUCUCCCAGCCCUUGCAUUCCAUUGCCCGAUGUUCACCUUUGUGCAGGCAAGUCAGUGUGCUGCUGCCUGGCAGUGGUGUCCACAGAAAAAUUGUGCUUGUUCAGAAGGACUCUGCAUCCAGAAUGAACGGCUCAAACUAGCAUGGUGAAAGCAUUGAUGGCAUCUGAUACUCCUGAACUACACAUAUGAUUAGGUACUUUUCUGAUGGCAUCUGAUACUCCUGAACUACACAUAUGAUUAGGUACUUUUCUGAGGAAUAUGUCAGACCCGCUCUGAAAACUGUACCUGCUUGUUUGCUGCUGGAAUGAAUUAAUUGCUGCUUAAAAGCAGAAUUAAGUAGUGGGAUUGCCAUCUUGAAGUCAGGCAGACGAUAGUCUACCUGAACUCUUCUAUUAAGAAGUACAAUGUGAAAGCAAUUGCUAGACCAAGCUGGAAUAUGAAUUUCACACAACAUGAACAACUUUUGAAAUAUUGAUUGAACAAAGACUUAUUUUAGUAAUAUUUUAUAUUAUACCUAAUUUCUUCAGCUGCUCACUUGGUCUUGGAAUGGUAGACGGUACCUUUUGCGAUUCUAAAGACAUUAUCUUAAAAUGUUUUCAUUUUUACUAGUAUUGUGAUACUAUUUUUUUCUAUGGUAAUUAUAGUAGUAGUUAUUUUACAGUGUUUUGUACAUAUUUGGAAAUACUGUCCUAGUAUUUAGGGUUGAUUUGUAAUUAACAUAGAUUGCCUUAAUAGAAAAAUGCAGGUUUAGACACUAGUGUAUUGUGAAAAGUUAGAACAGAUAUCUUAUUUUUUUGCUGCUAACAUACUGUAUGUCUGUCAAAGUAUGCAAGUGAAAUUAAAAACGUUUCUAGAGUAAAAAGGUUCUGGUGUAAUUUCCUUCAAUCUAGAACUACCUUAAGCUUUACUCCAAUUUUAUAAACCAUGUGUGAUGGCUGCUGUAAAAUCAGAGAACUUCCAGCUACUUUUCUAUUGGGCCUGCUGAAUGUAUCC